GCACCAAAGUAGCUGGGAGAAAAAGCAGGUGUUUUUCAGUAGCAGUUUGAUAUUGCUGAAAAGUUAAAAGACACCCAAGGAGCUUUAUACCUGUUGGCACAAGCAGGUUUAACAGCUAGAGACAGUAAGGAAGCAUGUGCAAUAGUUUUUAGCUAGGAAAAGGUGAAGAGAAGAAAAAAAAACAGAGAAGUUUGUUUUAAUCUUUGUAAAUUGUGUGAGCUGCUCUAAAGCAUGUUUAGGAAGUCUCCAGUCUCGUCAUGUUCGAAUGGAAGCUCCCCUCAGGGACAGUCUAAGUUACCUUCAACAUAUGACAUCAAGGUAGAACCAGGAGACCAAGUGGUGCUGAAGAAGAAAAUAACUUUGCUGAGAGGAAUAUCCAUUAUAAUUGGCACUAUAAUUGGAGCUGGAAUCUUCAUCUCUCCAAAAGGAAUUCUCCAGAACACUGGCACGGUGGGAAUGUCCUUGAUUGUCUGGACUGUCUGUGGCAUUCUUUCACUCUUUGGUGCUCUCUGCUAUGCAGAAUUAGGCACAAGUAUUAAGAAAUCUGGUGGGCAUUACACAUAUAUCCUUGAAGCUUUCGGUCCACUUCCUGCCUUUGUAAGAGUUUGGGUAGAAUUACUCAUCAUACGCCCUGCUGCCACAGCAGUAAUCUCUCUGGCAUUUGGACAGUACAUAUUGGAACCAUUGUUUAUACAGUGUGAAAUCCCUGACCUUGCUGUUAAACUCAUUACAGCUGUAGGAAUCACAGUUGUAAUGGUCCUGAAUAGUAUGAGUGUCAGCUGGAGUGCCCGCCUUCAGAUUUUCCUAACCUUUUGCAAGCUUCUAGCAAUUUUGAUAAUUAUAGUCCCUGGAGUUAUGCAGCUAAUUAGAGGAAAAACUGAACACUUUAAAGAUGCAUUUGUUGGAAAUGCAGCCAGUGUCAAAGGAUUGCCUCUAGCUUUUUAUUCUGGAAUGUACGCUUACUCUGGUUGGUUUUACCUCAAUUUUGUUACUGAAGAAGUGGAAAAUCCUGAAAGAAAUGUGCCACUCGCCAUUUGCUCAUCAAUGGUAAUUGUCACACUUGGCUACGUCUUAACUAAUGUGGCCUAUUUUACAACUCUGAGCCCUAAGGAUAUGCUAAUCUCCAAGGCAGUGGCAGUGACUUUUUCUGAACGUCUACUGGGAAAUUUUUCCUUAGCUGUUCCUAUUUUUGUUGCACUUUCUUGCUUUGGAUCUAUGAAUGGUGGUAUAUUUGCAGUUUCAAGGAUGUUCUACGUUGCAUCCCGUGAGGGUCACCUUCCAAAAAUUCUCUCCAUGAUUCAUGUUCGCAAGCACACUCCUCUACCAGCUGUCAUUGUUUUGUACCCUCUCACUAUGAUCAUGCUCUUCACCAGUGAUCUCUACAGCCUCUUGAACUUCCUCAGUUUUGCAAGAUGGCUUUUUAUCGGAUUGGCAGUUGCUGGGAUGAUCUAUCUCAGAUAUAAAUGUCCUGAUAUGCCUCGUCCUUUCAAGGUGCCACUGUUUAUUCCUGCUCUGUUUUCCUUCACCUGUCUUUUCAUGGUUGCACUGUCACUUUAUGCUGAUCCAGUUAAUACUGGCAUUGGUUUUGCAAUUACAAUGACAGGAGUCCCUGCCUACUACCUCUUUAUUAUAUGGGACAAGAAGCCAACAUGGUUUAGGCGAUUUUUAGACAACAUGACAUCAACAUUGCAAAUAAUCUUAGAAGUUGUUCCAACAGAAGAAAAUCCAGAUUUGUGA